GGGGCAAGUGACGUAUGUGUAUUCUAACAGAGGGGUGGUUCAACGGCAGCUGUGAGACUGAGGAAACGAAACAGCAGAGCAUCAGACAAGCAAGUCAUUUGACAAGCCCUGGCAAAUAUCAAGAGUUAGAUUUCACAAAUUGUCUGUAAAGCAGUACCAUUUGGUCUUCUGCAGGUAUGGAGUCCGGUGCAUACGGGGCCUCGCUGGCAGGAGGUUCCUUCGACUUAAUGAGUUUUGUCAAACAACCUCAAACUAUUGUCCGUCUGUUGUGUUGGCUCUCUGCCAUCGUGGUGUUUGCCACCAUCACAGGAGAAGGCUAUGUGAGUUCAGACCCAUCAGUACAGCAGCAAACGUGCAUGUUCAACCAGAAUGACAGUGCCUGCAGCUAUGCAGUGGGCAUUGGAGUGCUGGCUUUCCUUGCCUGUGUCAUCUUCCUGGUGUUGGACGCUUAUUUACCUCAGAUGAGCAAUGCCAAGGACAGGAAGAACAUUGUCAUUGCAGAUCUAAUCUUCUCUGGUGCGUGGACGUUCCUGUGGUUUGUGUGUUUCUGUCUGUUGGCCAAUCAGUGGACUAAAACAAAGCAGGCAACGGUCACGGCUGAUGCGGCACGUGCGGCCAUUGCCUUCUCCUUCUUCUCGAUUGCUGGCUGGGCUGUACUGACCUACUUCUCACAGAUGCGCUACCGUCAGGGCGUGAGCGAGCUCGCCUCCAACUACACAGACCCUGUAAGCGACCACACCACCCCUUACCCGCCUCAGGGCUACCAACAGUCCCCCUUUAGCCAAAAUCAGAUGCCGGGAGGAACAGAGUACACCCCGCCAAACUACUGAGUGGAAUCGGUAUGGGUCACAUGACCUGGUGGAGGGGAUUGAUAAUAAGAGCAGCUGAUUGAUGGAGACUGAUGGUUGCGCUCCUCUGCUGAUGCCUCCUCUUGCACUGCUUCAGUCCCGGCCAAAACGCUGCACAGUGUGUGAUUGGGUGUGUUCUUACUCCUGUGUGCUCACUUUCCUCAGACGGUGAAUGUGUGCUUUGUUUUCUUCAUCGACUAUAUUUAUACACUCGUAUGCCAUGAAAACGUCAAACCACCAGUGUCUACAUGUGUUGUGAGAGAAGGUGAAUGGUUUGUGCUGCUCUUCACCUGAGCGAUCGUAGACAACAAGAGUGUGGGUUCUGGAUACGACUACUGACCAGCCAAAUUUGCCUCUAUUUCACUGCCAACUUUUGAUCGCAGGUAAUCAGAUUUCACAUAAAGAGUAACGAUAUUUAGAUAAGUGUUAUGAUUGAUGCAGGAACCUCUUUUGUCAUAGAUAAUAGAUUUCAAAUCGAUUUUUUUCCCCUUGCGUAAGGGUUCUUUAACACCGUAGAUGAAUGUAUUGCUGCGGAAUCAUUCUUAGAUCCUUAUGAUUAAUUCAUUUUCUAAUGAGGGAGUACAUAUGCUUGUACAUAUUGCAUUUGUUUGCUGUAAACUACUAUAAAGGUAAUUGGAGUGAUACUGCAUUUCUAAAUUAAAUGUUUUUGAGAAUUGUUCAAGGCACAAGUGAGCACUAUGACAAAAUGCAUGUUAAAUAUGUAAUGUGUAGACAAAAUACAGUUUGAAGAUUGGAAUGUGCCACUGCCCUAUUUAAAAUACCACCAAAGAAGCCUUCAACUGCAAAAAACGAAUUUCACUCAGCUAUUGGACCUUUGAACAAAUGAGGGAAAUCUCUAAAACCUCUGUGGAUAAUUCUGUGUGCCAGUCACCAGAAGUUGCCAAUACACCUCAGUGCUGUUUGUCAUCUUAAGUGCUAUUUACCACUGAAGUCACUUUGCUUGUGCACAGUAUAAAACACUGUAUGUUUCAUCUGGGCCAGGAGCUCUGGUGUCAGAUAAGUCUAUGCAAUGUCUGAAAGUAAAAUUUAUUACAGAGUAAUAUCGUUUGUUCUAAAAUUCAAUUACUGAAGGUUGUGUGUGUAUUUGAGAAAUUUCAAUGAUUAAUUCUAGGGCAUAUUGGUUUCUGAAUGGGAAUUUUACCUCUCAUUAUCACACACCUUAAGAAACCUUCUGCCUUGUUCUUUAUUGAUAUCCGAUGUUUCAGUGUCCAGUGCCAGAUUUUGAGGAAUAUGUGCCUUAAUUAAAAUGUGUGUUUUGUUUUCACAUUGCUAUGUUCAUUUCAUUCAGAAUGUUUUGUGCUUUUUGGUUACAUUCUUACCAGUGGGCUCUGAGAAUUAGUUCUCAGUGUAAUACAGAUGUAUUUACAUUUUUGAUAACUUUUGGUGGAAUUUAUUUUUUCCUUUUUCUUCUUUUCUGUUGAUCUGAUACCCAGAUUUUUGCCAUAUUGUGCCUCGAAUGUGUGUUGACCACUCAGCUGUUUCCAAAUAAAGAGCAGUUUCCUUCGA